CGGAACAUAUCUUCAUCCUCGGGCUUCUAUAUAGCUCACUUAUAUAGCUAUAUGUUCGCAAGAGGGGUGAGAGAGAGACUAAAAAUGGAAGAAAUAGAGGUUCAGGUCCCUGCAAUUCUCACCCAGUCCACCAGUGGAAGAAGACGGAGCAGUGUCUCAAACUCGCCCGAAUUUGAGUUCUGGAUGGUCCGGAACCCGUCCGUGCCUCAACCAGACCUUCUCUCUGCCGAUGAGCUAUUCUCCCAUGGCGUGCUUCUCCCACUCGGCCAUGUCCCGCAGGACCACCGCCCUUCCUCCGAUGACCCUUCCGACCAAACUUCAACCAUAUCUCCCGCAUACCCGUCACGGAAUUCCGGGUCAGACGGACCCGAUAUCUCUCAUGCGGCGGUUAGCUCCUCCGCCUUCUCUGUAGUCAGUACCUCGAAGCGGUGGAAGGAUAUUUUCAAAAAAGGCGAGAAGAAGAACUCAAAGGGCGGAAUCGAAGAGAAAGAGAAGAAGGAGAAGAAGGGCGUUGCUGUUGGGACCAGUGGGGUCACCGCGGCGGAGCUGAACAUAAACAUAUGGCCGUUUUCGCGAAGCAGAUCGGCGGGUAACGGCGGGACACGGCCACGGGUCGGGGCUGGAUCUGGGUCGGUUCAUCGGAAGGUGAGUAGCGCACCCUGUUCUCGUAGCAACUCCGCCGGUGAAUCUAAAUCGAGGAAAUGGCCCACCAGUCCGACCCGACCCGGGGUCCACUUGGGUCGGAGCAGCCCGGUGUGGCAGAUGCGUCGCAGUGGCGGAGCCAGCAGCCGGAGCAUCGACAAUCCGCCCAAAUCCGCUGAAAAGACCGUUAAACGCGACGGCGACGCUGAUAAAACUGUCAAAAUAAAUAAGAACGUAUGGAAAGGCGUUAAGAAGGAAGGCAACGAUGUUCGCCGGGAAAAUUCACCGGCGGCCCGCAGCGGUGUGGUUAAUGGUGUCCGUAAAGCUCGAGCACUUAACUUGAACGUCCCGAUGUGUAUUGGGUACCGAACCCAUCUGAGUUGUCGAAGUGAAGAGAGCAACACCCUAGCUGCUGCUGCCGCCGCCGCAUCUGACGGCGAUUGCAGUGGCGGAGUUCCCAGUGAAACAGUUCGAAGCAGUAGUAAUUUAUUUGUUCUUCGAAACCUGUUUACCAAGAAAGUGCAGUAUAUUAAAUAGGGUCGUCUGAGAAGUAAUUAAUCAUCUUUUAAUCUUUAUCUAAUUACAUAUUUAUCUUUAUAGUUGACUAAUACUCUUGUGUUUUAAUGAAUGAAUGCAUUAAUUGAGAGGGUCAGACGGGAAUGAUGUAGAUAUCUAACUCCCGAUUUGCAGGGAUUUCAGUAAAUUAUUACUCGUAAACUUCUCCUGUUCUUUAAUACUUUUCCCUUGAUUCAACAUAAUUUUAUGUAAGGAAAAUUGCCCAAGUAAAAUAUUUUGGAAAAUAAUGUCAUUAUGUUAAUAA